AUGGUGUUGUUGACGAUGAUCGCCCGAGUGGCGGACGGCUUGCCUUUAGCAGCUUCAAUGCAGGAGGACGAGCAGUCUGGAAGAGAUUUGCAGCAGUAUCAGAACCAAGCAAAGCAGCUUUUUCGAAAACUUAAUGAACAGUCACCGGCACGAUGCACUUUAGAGGCAGGAGCCAUGACAUUCCACUACCUAAUUGAAAAAGGUGUUUGCUAUCUUGUACUGUGUGAAAUGUCAUUUCCGAAGAAGCUGGCAUUUGCUUAUUUAGAAGAUUUGUACAAUGAAUUUGAUGAGCAGCAUGGGAAGAAGGUACCAACUGUAUCCAGGCCUUACUCCUUUAUAGAGUUUGAUAAUUACAUUCAGAAGACAAAAAAGUCCUAUAUUGAUAGUCGAGCAAGAAGAAACCUGGGCUCCAUUAACACCGAGUUACAAGAUGUGCAGAGAAUCAUGGUGGCAAACAUUGAAGAAGUCUUAUUACGUGGAGAAGCACUCUCAGCACUGGAUUCAAAGGCCAGCAACUUGUCAAGUUUGUCCAAAAAAUACCGCCAAGAUGCAAAAUACCUGAACAUGCGAUCCACCUAUGCCAAGUUGGCAGCUGUUGUAGUGUUUGCCGUAAUGCUUAUUCUGUAUGUCCGGUUUUGGUGGCUUUGA